CCAUUACAAAACCACGAUAUACCAAAAAAAGCCAAAACAUUCAAACCAAUGUAUGAUAUAACAGGCUUUGAUGCGUUUAAAGUCGUCGCAUUGCUGUGUCGCAUUGUGAAUGACACAAAGCAGUUUACAACAGGUAAGACCUACUUGUUGAUACGCAACGGACAAGAGUGUGAAGCUAACGACGAAACUGAAGAGCCGUCAAGCAGCCAGAAGAGCAAACAAGCCGGCGAAAUUAAGGAGCUGUUCCAACUGGAAGCACUUCCUAGCGUCGAUCAACCCGGCAAUGGGAAAGUAUAUCGACUUCCCAAGGGAAGUGCAAGCUUUGCAGGUGGAAAAAGUUACAAUCAACUGUACCCUAUCUUAACGGAGUUCUACAAAGAGGAUACAGAAUCCUUUGCUUUGCACAUCAGGAGUCUGUUUCAGUCCAACACGGUUGUAACACAUGGUUCUCCUGCGACCAUUGAAGUCUACAUGCUGUUGCUGUUUGAAAUAGCCCGACGCUUGGUAAAUGAAAAAACCCCGAGCGAAAGGAAAAAGAAGUUGGAUAAUCUUCCGAUUGGAAGUGCCAUUACCAACUUGGUGGAAUUGCUGGAGCGAAAGAAGUGCACCUUUAAGGACGUGUUUCAAGGCAAAUACUACUGUUUCACAGGAGAGCCUGAUGAAAGGAGACAAGUGAUUGAUAGCAUCAAC